AUGUUGUAUGAGCUGAUUGCCAUUGUCCGCCCGGGCAGUACCCACGAAGUUCGCGAGAUCGCCCGUAACACCGGUCUCCAGGUGAUCCGCUCCGGCGGCGUGAUCCGGGGCUACACCAACUGGGGCCCGUUCCGACUGCCCAGAGCCACAACGAAACACCAGGCCCGAUACCACGAUGGUCACCACUUCUUCAUGCGCUUCGACUCGUCCGGCCCCGUCCAAGCAUCAUUGCGCCGAACUCUCAGCCUCGACCCCCGUAUGAUCAACUUCACGGUGGUGAAGCUGGGCGACACGCUCGAGAAGGUCAAGGACAUCAAUGGGAGAAUCGAAUGGAACAAUAGCCGCAACAUUACCGACUCGAUCUAA